AUGGAGGACCUUCUCCAAGUACUUAGCAGCCUGGUGUCCGACCGAGUGCGUCACUUCGAGCUGGUGAAGAUCAAGAAAGGCUCAGAGCACCGGAAGGCGUACAUACUGGUUGCCGAUGGAGGGCUGCACCUGGUGACCUGCUCCCUUGGGGGUCUCUUGAAGGGUGGGAGAUUCCUGUACGACUGCGUCAAACGUGUGGUAAAAAGAAACAAUGUGAUCACACUGCACUUCAAUAAUAGCCCGAGUCUGCCCGUGGAGUCGCUCGACAUAGCGACGCCUAGUGACACCCAUCUCUAUGCUAAAAUAAAGGUUGCCAUGGGCGCUGACCACAUGCGCUGCCACCAUGAGGAAGCGGAAAGUUCUUCCGACGAAGGGAGCAACGACUCCUCAGACACCGAGGAUCGAGAGAGGACACUGUUGCCCUUUCGAGGUUACAAGAAGGUCACUUUGAGGGGUUACUUCUUCUUCAUGCGCGAUUCGUUCGAGCACACGUCAUUCACCAGCGGUAGAUUGACUAGGCUGCAAGAUGUUGGCCGAGGCAUGUCCAUCAACGUUAACAUACGUGAGCCCAUGUCAGUGCACUCGCCGCACCUGGAAUCGCUGCAAACCCUCCACCAGUAUACGCGCGGUUUUUUGAACGAUUUAAGUUUGGCGGACGUGCUGAUCGACGGUUAUUACAACAAGCGCAUGAACCUGAACAACGACCUCGCAACGUGGUCGUGCUACCAUGUGCUGGUAAAGACCGACUCAUCGCUGCUGGCGUAUUUUAUAUUCCGCCGCCUUUACAUUCCGCCGAUGUUUGAUAUAUGCCAGGACAUUUCAAUGCGUUUCGAGGUUCCCCUGAGCAGUGUAGAAGACAAAAAUUUAUCGGUUAUUUACAACGAAAUGUGCACAACUGCGAAUUCCCUCACUCCUGUGGAUGAGUACAACGUAUGGUACAAGGACCUCAUCCAAGUUCGUUUGGACACGCUGCGCUUUGACCAUACCAUGCACGCCUUUUUGAGUCGCAAAGGAAGCAUCGUACCGAGUUAUAAUAAACUCAUUAAGGGGUUCAUACUAUCAGCGCUUCGUUUGCUUCCGCGUGACUGUGUGGAUAUACAUGUGAUCCAGGCAAUAAAAGAACCCAUGGCCCUAACAAGUGACGACCCAAUGGAUUAUAUAUAUCACGUGAAAGCGCUCGUAUUCGGUAUCGGUGAUGUUGACGAAAGCCCCGAGCGCAGGGAACUCAUGAACCGUUUUGACAUGCGUCUCGCUGAUUACAUCGCAAUUUGCAUCGACGAGUUGUUGAUGGGUAGCCACCUUUCUCUGGCCAUUUUCACCCGUUACCUCAACGCUAUGCCUGAUGAUGCUUACAAAAAGAAGUUAUACGAAGUAACGGCAUAUCUCAUCCACUUCCGCUCGAGCGACUUCAAUGAGGACUACUCCUCUUCACUCCUCAACAAUAUUAUAGAGUCGUACCGUUUCGAUAUGUCUCAGGUGAGCUGGAACUCCAUCAUAUUCAACCACUACGCAACGUCGCGCAUGAUCGAGGAGGGGUUCUUUAUCUACCAAUAUGCAGCGGAUCUGCGGCACCAAGAUGGAAAAUACAACCCCUACUUGAGCCUUGUGAGCGAUAUACUAGAGCAGUGUCGUGGGGAUCUAAUUGUAGAGCGCGUGUUGAAGAAGUUUCUGGAUAUACCGCAACCCAUUGACGCUUCCUAUCUCCCGUUGCUAAAGUGUUUGAUUGGCAUGUUGCGUCGAAACAUUGGCAACUACAAAGUCGUGAUGAUCAUCACUGCAAUUUUGACUAACUUCAGCUUCCACUCCGGAGCGUUCAAGGAUCACAUGAUCCGUCAAGGAGUAGCUUCGGUUCUGAUUGACAACAUGUUGUCUAGCGAGGAACAAAUAGUGAUAUCUACCUUGAAGCUCAUGGUAAACAUCACCAAGACUACUGAGCAUCAGGAGGCGUUUAUUAGUCAAGGGGUGAUCAGUAACUUCAUUUCCCUGCUAGAGGUAUGCGUGAACCGCAACUACCGUUGUACAGCGUGUAUACAGACUUACUACGGAAGGAAUAUGGAAAUUGUGAGCUUCUCUGCGGCCGUUUUGGGCCAGCUCUUCAAUUACAAACUUCUUCGAAUGACAGCCAACCAGCUUGAAUUCAUAACGGAAGUCAUGAUUUACUCAUUUCACAUUGGCUCUUGUGAUCCCAACCAUAUGGUGAUGAUUAUGUUCUGCCUGAAGAAGGUGCCUAAGACGGGCCCUGUGUACAUUAAAAUUGGGAAGCACGUGAUACGCUCUAUCAUGCUGAACCUCAGAGUAUAUCGCGAUGACGAUUUCGUAGUCAACGCUCUGGAGCUUUUGAUGGAGCUGUCUAAGCGGGUGCAAAAUUGCAUCGCCAUGCGCCAUGUAGGCCUACUUGACGCAAUCGCUGAGAUACCGUUGAACGACACGUUGGUACAGAUUGCCAACAAGCUUAAAGAGCGGAUCACACUCAAGACACGCUGCUUGACAAUGAGAUUGCAAGACUGUAGAAUGCAGCAGGUUGUGCCCUCUGGCGUCAAUACGUUCACCUCUAAUGUUUAA